CUGGAUGCAGGUUUGUUGUGAAUUUCAUGCACAGGCGAGCUUUUGCGAGGUAACAUAUAGAUGUACUGACGUUGUUUUUUUUUCACGACGUGAGAUCGUUCGUCACUGUCAUUGCACGGGCGAUAACGCUGCAAUAAAGUUUAUUCUGGCAACACCGAUAAAGAAGUUUUGCACGUUAAGUCAAUGAAAGGGAAACAGCCUGGUCGCUGCAAGUUAGCCCACACUUCCUGAAGUCAUAUUUUGAAGCCCACAGCAGUGUAAAUUUUAAAAGUAUAAAUCAAGCUGGCCCGCCUGUGUGAAAGCCUGUAAUGCGUGCAGCACCGCGGUGAGUUAACCUUACACAGCCCGAAAGGUGCUGCGCCCAUUUCUGCAACUUUACAACCGCACCAGGUUCAGCCAUCCUUCGCUAACCUCUGACCCUGUUUACAUGACAUGGAGCCUGAUGGGGAUCUAGACCCUGAUACAGACGACCUUCCGCUCAGAGCCAACACCAGCCACAUACUAGUCAGGCACUAUGUGCUGGACCUGACUGUUGACUUUGACAGGAGGGUCAUCGGUGGUAGUGUGGUUCUGUUCUUGGAGCCCGGCCCUGGAGCGGCGGCUGUGCCUGAGGAUGGGGUCAGAGCUGGAGCUGAAGAGCGAGUUUGUGAUGGGGAUGCUGGCAAGAGUCACGCUGGGCCUGGGUGUCGAUUUGGGGAUGUGGAUACGAUGGGGGAUGGUACAAGAAAUUGCGGCAAGGCUGAAGUUGAUGUUGCAGCUGGGGCUUCCAAGGGAAAUGAGGCAACGACAAGGAACCAGGAGGGACUUGGUGAAACUGUCAUGAGGUCAGCGGGGAACAUUUCUGCUGGAGAGACAGAUCGCUCUGAAUCCCAGCCUCUGUUUGGUGAUAGGUUGCAGACUGGAGCUGAGGCUGCAGCUGAGGAUGCUAGGCCUUCACACACUGAUGCAUCAUGGGAAAGCACCAGUGAGGGUGAUUUCACCUUGGUGCUAGACUGCUGUGACCUCACUGUGACAAAGGUGGAAGAGUUGGACAUCACUUCUGUGUCAGCCAUGUCCAGCCUCCUAGAAGGGCCCCCACGUGAGAGGCCAGAGGUCGGCCCAGUCAGCUUGUCAGCGGCCCUUAUUCAGAAACUGCUCGCUGUCCCGUCUGGCCAGUGGAGGCACCAGCACCGGCUAUUCCGCCUGUGCAGCCGAGCUUCUCGUUUCCAGGAUGGGCUCUCACUGCGUUUCCAUACAGACCGCUGGAGCCUACAGGUGAGGAAGAAGGGGGUUGCGACCCCACAGGAGUUCCCUCGAGCCAUCCGAGUUUGCUACGAGACCAAGCCAACAGGAGGCUCUGUCAGGUGGACCAAAGACCAAGACAACAGGGUGUGUGUUUACACUGCAGGUUCUCCCAUCAACAACCGAGCCCUCUUUCCCUGCCAGGAGCCGCCUGUUGCCAUGUCAACGUGGCAGGCAACGAUCCGGGCCCCCAGUGAAUGUGUGGUUUUGAUGAGUGGGGAGGAUCAGGCCGUACCUAUUGAGGAUGGGCAGACACGUCUCUUAAUCUGGGACUACUACGUCACUAUGCCCAUGCCCGCCUCCACCUUCACCUUGGCAGUGGGCCACUGGCGCCAAGCCACAGCAGAACUUCCCGCUGCUGUGGAGAGAGGGAUGACGGGCAGGAUGGAUUGUGGGGAGGCAGCCAAACCUGGGGCUGGGCCCGGGGCAGAGAAUGAGGCUGGGCUUGUGUCUGGACCUGGGAGCUCCACCAGUGAAGUAGUAAAGGUCUGCACACUCCAGACCGGCAGCAAAGACCAGACCACCCGCUCAGAUUCUGCAUUCUGUUACUCUUGCCUUGAGGAUGAGGGGCACUGUGUAACUGAUUAUUCAGGCAUGGGUGAUGACAGCAUCUCCUGUUCCCAUGGCGACUACCCUUGCCGGUACACAGAACGGUCGACUUGGUCCCAGCGGGUGGUUCCACACCGUGUGUUUGCCCCCAUUUGCUUGCUGCAGAAGGCCCAGAUGGGAGUGCUCAGUCUGUUGCCCCGCUGUCUGGCUGCAGCCCACGCCAUCCUGGGUGUCCAUCCCUUUCCCCGCCUUGACAUCCUCAUCGUCCCAGCAGGUUUCUCUAGCCUGGGCAUGGCCAGUCCCCACAUCAUUUUCCUGUCACAGAGUGUGUUGCAUGGCGGUACUCCUGGUUCAGGCGAGAGCGGCCGGUCUCUGUGUGGGUCCAGACUGUGCCACGAGAUUGCCCACUCCUGGUUCGGCCUGGCUAUAGGAGCCAGAGACUGGACGGAGGAGUGGAUCAGCGAGGGCUUCGCAACCUACCUGGAGGACAUCAUCUGGGCUCGAGCACAGCAGCUCUCCCCACAACAGACAGAGGAGCAGUCGAACCUGAAGGCACUGCUGAGGUGGAGAAGACUCUCGGACGAGCUGCAGAACUCAGAGGAGGAGCUUCAGAUCCUCAGGCCCAAUAUGGAGAACACCGGUCAGGUCAGCGAGUCUGGCUCAUCGGUGGUCAAACACGCUCUCAACCCUGACAAAACCUUCAUGCAAGUCCACUACCUCAAGGGCUAUUUCCUCCUCAGGUUCCUCGCCAGUCAAGUGGGAGAACAGCCAUUCAUCGACUUCUUCAGAUUAUUUGUGAAGAAAUACCACGGGCAGCUCAUACUAUCUCAGGAUUUCUUGCGAAUGUUGCUGAUUACCUUUCCCGACAUGGCGAGAAAAGGCCUCACCCUCAGUGCUAUUUAUAUUGACUGGCUCGAUCGCCCGGGAAUUCCAAAGUGGUUGUAUGAAAGGAGUGCCGUGUGGUCACAGACGAGGCUGGUUGAAGAAGUCAAAGCAGAGGUUGUAAAAUGGAUUCUCCUCAGCCAGAGCAAGAGGAAGGGCAGAAAGCGGAAGCGAUCGGAGCCCAAGGUGAACUACAAAGAGGUGACAUCAGACCAGCUGGUGAUGCUAUUGGAGCUCCUGCUGGAGGAGGCGGAGCUAAGUGCGACAGUACUGCGCAUACUGCAGAGCAUCUACAACCUUCAGAAGCAAGACGCUGAGGUCAGGCACCGCUGGUGUGAGCUGGUGGUCAAACAUGGAUACUCUCAGGCUUACGCAGAUGUGGAACACUUCCUGGUUCAUGACCAAGCCAUGGGUGUAUACCUGUAUGGGGAGCUGAUGGUACGGGAGGACGCUGAGCAGCAGGCUCUGGCCCAUCGUUGUCUCUCAUUGGUUCAGGAGGAAAUGGACCAAUCAGUACGCAGAGUGGUAGAGCAGAUGGUCCUGUGACACUGCAGGGUGACGGAGAUGACAGGAGCUUGGCACGGGGGGGUUGUGAGAGUCCAGCACUCACCUCCUCUCCCUCUGCAGGAGAAGGGACACUACAGAAUCACCAGCAACUCUCACAGAAAGUACAGCCCCAAUGAGCAGCAUGAACACCAGAAGGCUGCACUUUUAGUUGAUAUCUAGUGCCAACUGGCAAGGUUUAGUGCACAGGAGUAGUACUCAUUAAAAUCUAAAGAAAUGGCUGGUGUGUAUGCAUAUGUGUUUAACCAUGCAACCCGUUCGCAACAAUAAUCCACAGUUCUACACUCAAUCCUGGAUCAGAGAUAGGACUUACCCAUAUCUUUCCUCUGUAUUCCCCAAGAACUGAAAUGAAGAGAGUUAGGGGACAUCGAGGUAUUUCAUGGAUAAAGACACAUUGUCUCCAUGCAUGUUUAAUACUCUUAGCACUGCUGUGUUUGUCUGUGUGCACGUGUGUGAGCGCUUGUCUGUUUAGUCUGAGGCUAUGAUCUAGCUCUAAGAGUUUAGACUGGAAAUACUUGGAGGUGAGUCAUGUUUUCAUACAUAACAAAUUACUUCACUCCUCCCUGUGAUCACUGGUGUCAAAGAAUAUACAAGAGAAGACAUGGACCAUUCUCAGGGCAUUUCUAUUUACUUGUAAAUUAUGUUUUUGUAAUUGCAACGCCAACAAAUAAUAAAGAUGGGUCAUUUUUGUUUCACUGUGACUUUUUAUGUUUAGUGAACCGUUUUGACAUGAUACUGAUGUACACACAAUUAAAAAAAAAAGUGUUUGAUCCACA